UUUUUUUUUUGAAAAAAAAAAGAAGGAAUAGAAUCUAGAGUAUCGGAUAUGUCGAGCUCAGUAUCCACUUCGUUGUGCUGUUCGUCAGCCCAGGUCAAUGGGUUCGGUCUUAGGCCUCAAAGGUCCCUCCUUUACCAACCCAUUUCCUUUUCUUUCUCCAGAAGGAGAACUCAUGAUGGUGUUGUGAAGGCCACUGCUCGUGUUGAUAAAUAUUCCAAGAGUGAUAUCAUCGUCUCUCCCUCCAUUCUCUCUGCUAAUUUCGCCAAAUUAGGCGAGCAGGUAAAAGCAGUAGAGUGUGCAGGUUGUGAUUGGAUCCAUGUUGAUGUGAUGGAUGGUCGUUUUGUUCCCAACAUCACUAUUGGACCUCUUGUGGUUGAUGCUUUGCGUCCUGUUACUGAUCUUCCUCUGGAUGUUCAUCUUAUGAUAGUGGAACCAGAUCUGAGGGUACCAGAUUUCAUCAAAGCAGGUGCAGACAUCGUCAGUGUACACUGUGAGCAGUCAUCCACCAUCCAUUUGCACCGCACUGUCAAUCAAAUUAAAAGCUUAGGUGCCAAAGCUGGAGUUGUUCUAAACCCUGGAACCCCAUUGAGUGCUAUAGAAUAUGUAUUGGAGGUGGUGGAUCUGGUCUUGAUAAUGUCGGUCAACCCCGGGUUUGGUGGACAGAGCUUUAUCGAAAGCCAAGUUAAGAAAAUCUCGGAUUUGAGAAGAAUGUGUGUCGAAAAGGGAGUAAACCCAUGGAUUGAAGUUGAUGGUGGUGUCACUCCAAAGAAUGCAUACAAGGUUAUUGAGGCUGGAGCAAAUGCUCUAGUAGCUGGAUCAGCUGUAUUUGGAGCUAAAGACUAUGAAGAAGCUAUAAAAGGAAUCAAGACCAGCAAGAAGCCAGAAGCUGUGGCUGUGUAAUGUGAAGCAACAAGCUAAAAAGAUCAUAAGACAGAUCACCGAGAUGUUUAUGUUGUUGUUGUUGUCAUUCACCAGAUUGCAUUCGACAUAAAAAAGUCCAUAAGAAUCAAACUCUCAAUAGUUUUGAAGUAGCUCGUUUAUACUCCUGUGUAUCAUCAUUGUCUUGUAGAUUUGGGGAUAUGCAGAUUCAAUACAUUAUGCAAUUAAUAAGAAAUAAGCUGUGUUACAUAUGUA